AAUCCCAAGCGGCCGGACCACCUCUGCUCCGGGCGGGGACGGGGGCGGAGGUGGAGCUGGUCGUCCCCGGCCCGGACAAAGCUUCUCAAGGUGCCCUCCCUGGGCCCUCCAGGGGAAAGUUCAUUAGACCAGAGAUUGUCCGUUUCCCUGGUAAGGCGGGUCGCCUGUCCCAAUCAGGUACGAUUCUGCCUUCUCUACCCCCGGGGCCCCUCAAUGUAAAGUGGCAGAUGGUAUUAUCUCGGCGGAGACACCGGCUGGGUUCCGCGGUACAGACCCCCGGCGUGACGGGCGGACAGUGUACGCAUGAGCAUAGGCGCGGCGUAAGUGCGGGAGCCGCGGAACCCCUACCCCGGCCUGCGCAGAUCAUUUCUAGGAAGAACUCUUGAGUACAGUAAUGAACACAGUGUACCUGAUGUUGGCUCAAAUCUUAAGAUCUCACCUGAUAAAGGCUACAGUGAUUCCUAAUCGAGUGAAAAUGCCUUAUAUUGGUAUCAUUAGAAAUAGAACGAUGUCAACCCAUAAAUCUAAAAAGAAGAUCAGAGAAUAUUAUAGGCUGCUGAAUGUGGAGGAAGGAUGCUCUGCAGAUGACGUCAGGGAAUCUUUUCGUAAGCUUGCCAAGCAGUAUCAUCCUGACAGUAGCUCUAAUACUGCUGAUUCUGCAACAUUUAUAAGAAUUGAAGAAGCUUAUAGAAAGGUGCUUUCACAUGUCAUAGAACAAACAAAUGCCAGACAGAAUGAAGGUGAAGAAGAAGAAGAUGCAGAAAAAUUCAAAUAUAAAACACCCCAACACCGGCAUUAUUUAAGUUUUGAAGGUAUUGGUUUUGGGACGCCAAGUCAACGAGAGAAGCAAUACAGGCAAUUUAGGGCAGACCGUGCUACUGAACAAGUGAUGGAGUAUCAAAAGCAGAAACUACAAAGCCAGUAUUUUCCAGAUAGUGUAACUGUUAAGAACAUAAGACAGAGUAAAGAACAAAAGAUAACUCAAGCUAUAGAGCGUUUAGUAGAGGACCUCAUUCAAGAAUCCAUGGCAAAAGGAGACUUUGACAAUCUCAGUGGGAAAGGAAAACCUCUGAAAAAGUUUUCUGACUGUUCUUACAUUGAUCCCAUGACUCACAACCUGAACCGAAUACUGAUCGAUAAUGGAUACCAACCAGAAUGGAUCCUAAUGCAAAAGGAAAUAAAUGAUACUAUUGAGCAACUCAGAGAGGCAAUUUUAGUGUCUAGGAAAAAACUUGGGAAUCCAAUGACACCAACUGAACAGAAACAAUGGAACCAUGUUUGUGAGCAGUUUCAAGAAGACAUCAGAAAAUUAAACAAGCGAAUUAAUGAUUUUAAUUUAAUUGUUCCUAUCCUGACCAGGCAAAAAGUCCAUUUUGAUGCUCAGAAAGAAAUUAUCAGAGCCCAGAAAAUAUAUGAGACCCUUAUAAAAACAAAAGAAGUCACAGAUAGAAACACAAAUAACAUUGAUCAAGGAGGAGAGAAAAUGCCUGGAAUUCAGAAAGGUUUUUUAAACUGGGUGAAUUUAUGGAAAUUUAUUAAAAUAUGAUCAUUUUGAUAUUUACUAUCAUAAGUCAUUCUUAGUUCCACUGACACCAACAUGGAAAAUGAGAUUUAUGCUAUAACACAAGAAUUUAAGAACUGUGCCAUUGUACUUUUUACAAAACUAAUCACAUACCCAAUGACCUGUGAGUGAGAAACUUAUCAGGUUUGUCCUGCGGAUGUAGCAAGAAAAGAAAAGAAGUAAAACUUCUAAAGAAGUCCAUUCCAGUGUUUAAAUGUCAGUCAUCCAGUGAAAUGGGCUAGGAUCAAUUUUCUGACUUAGGAAUCAUACAUGUAUUGUGAAAGUGUUAGUGCAGUUUCGAGCUGUAAUAACUAACUUAAAAGCAGUUAUUGUUGCCAUUUUCAAACAUAAGUACUUAAACAACAUGGAAACCGAAAAAUAUAUCAAAAGUCGCAAAACUGAAGUGUAAUGAAAUUUAACCAAUUAAACCUCCAAAUGAUGUAUUUUUUUAA